AUGACUACUAUAGAAACAACCAGUCCCCUUUACUUGCAUCCCUCAGAUGGCAGUAACUCCAUAACUGUAGAAAAACUUCAGGGAUCUUCCAACUAUAGGUCAUGGAGAAGAUCUAUGGAAAUCCCUCUUGGUGCAAAGAGGAAACUAGGAUUUGUAACUGGUGUAGUAAAACGAGAUGCUAGUGAUACUGUGAAGCAAGAUCAUUGGGAUACUUGUAAUAGUAUGGUCAUUUCAUGGAUUAUGUUCUCUGUAUCUGAACCCAUCAAGAAAUACAUUAUGUUUGUGACUGAUAGUGCAACCAUAUGGAAACAACUUGAACAAAGGUACACUGUAUCAAAUGGGUCCAGGAAGUACAAAAUCUGCAAGGAUAUUUAUGAAACUAAGCAACAAGGAAAGCUUAUUUCAGUAUACUAUACAGAGAUGAGAGCAUUGUGGGAAGAACUUGAAGCUUUGAACAUGUAUCCUCCCAUCACUACCAUGACACCUGAAAUCAAUGCAUUUAUAGGUGCAUUGCAUCAACAACAAGAAGAAAAGAAGUUGUUUCAAUUUCUGAAUGGACUAGAUGAUGGGUACAAUCCACGGAGAAGCCAGUUACUCAUAAUGACACCUAUUCCCAAAGUAGAUAGUGCAUGUAGUUGCUUGCAGCAGGAAGAAUCUCAGAGAGAUAUACACAGACCUAUCAAAGAAGAGUCUAAAGUCAUUGCUAUGUAUAGCAAAGGAAGUGAAAUAGUAUGCACUCAGUGUGCCAAACUCAGUGUGCCAAACCUGGACACACAAGGGACACUUGCUGGUUUGUGGUAG